UUUUCUGCUCACCUAGCAACACUGAUUGUAUUGAUCCGCAGCAUUUAUUUAUUCACCAAAGCUAUAAAUAAAUUUGCAGAAUUAAACAAUUCGCGCUUAAAAUAAACAAUGUGAAAAAUAACAUUAAUGUAAACGCUAUGUCAGUCAAUGGAAAUAGCGGUAUCUACGCGCCACUGAAGCAAAUACUUACCGAAUCCGAUUCUGAUGAUGAGCGGAAAGAAGGUACCACAAAAGUCAUCGGUAGCAGCGAUCUGGACAUCAACAGUGGUCUCAAACAUGCGAAGAACAUCAGCUUGAGUGAUAUGGAUGACUUUAACACAAAUGAAAACACAGUAGAAAGCACUAUGGAUAACUUGAGUUUUUUACAAUCCGAUAGCUCGAAUGAGAUGUCGCUCCCGCGUCGCUUCGCCUUCGUAGCGUCAAUACUGGCCUGUAUAUUCACUGUAGUGGUGUAUUUGUGGGGUAUUCCGUGCUCGGAGCUAAAUAGUUGCGCGAAUAACGAAUGGCAAGACAAAACUACUAGUUGGGAAUUGCCCUAUGAGGAUAUUGAGCUAUCUGGUGCUAUGCAAGUUGUGGAUGGAGUCGCGCCCAACACAAAGAACUUAAUUUUCAUUUACAGAGGUAACCACAUGGUGCAUCCGGAUAACGAAAUUGUGAAUGGUGUGUUGUUGAUUGUGGGAAACUCGGGUAAGGUCGGUUGGUAUACUCGUGAGGAAAGGAUUCCGACCGAAAUCAACUGUCACCUUAUAGAUGUUAACCGAGAUAAGCAGAAGGAUUGCAUUGUAGCAGGCUCGCAAGGCUUGCUGGCAGCUAUAAACCCAAUCUCCGGGACUUAUUACUGGUACAUACAUAGACAUGGUAAUGUGUUUAGUGAUAUUGUAACUAUAGACUUCCCAAUUCUGUUGAAAGACAUGGAUAAAGACAAGGUGUAUGACCUGUUGACAGUUGCUACGGUUCAGCCUAACACUAACCACAACUCCUUGCUUAUCAUUUCUGGUGCUACCGGCAACAUCAUAGGUGAACCGAUGACUAUAGAAGACUGCUUGUCAGUAAAACUACUUACCGAGUCAGAUUUGGUAAACAUAACCUAUCUUUGCAAAAAUGGGUCUUCGGAAGCCUUCAGGUGGACCUCAUAUUCCGCUCUGAGCAGGAAAUUGGCUAAGUUAGACCAGACUGUGGUCAGUCAUGUUUCCCCGAUAACAAAUGCUACUAAGAAGCAGAAAAUAAGCUUGAAGAAGAGUAUUGGUAAUACUAGAGAGAUAUUUAAUAAUGGACCUGGAAAGUUGGUUGUAGAGAAUUUUGGAGAAUGCCCAAACAACUGCCAAGUCAAGCUUAAACUGUGGCUGGGAAGAAAUAAUUCAAUGAAUAUUAGUUGGGAAUACUCAGCAAAUUUUGUAUAUGCAAUGAGACCCAGUACUUUUGCAUUUGCUAACUCUAUACGAGGAUUCGUUCUGAAGUUAUGACAAUGGAACAGCGCACACAUACCAAAGAGUGCGCACACAGUCACCAAUAUCCAGUAUAAUGUGCAGAAUCAUAGCCCGAAGAAUGCUUACGAUAUUUUUCACUCCCAGCCCCUGUUUGAUGUUGCUUCUAUAUCAUCAUCUAUCAAAUAUGAGAAUUUCAGUGCUUAUGAUAUAUCAGAACGGAUUGUGUUAGUGUCAUUUGAUAAUAUGC